AGAGCCCAUUACUCCUGUAGUAUGUUUAUUUUAAUUUUUCUCUAUGGUAUUCAGUAAGGGUUCUCAAUCUCACAUAAUUGUUGUUACUUUACUUUUAAAUAAUAUUUUUUUUCUACCAUUAUGAAUAAGUGUGAUUUUAAACAUGUCUAAUAAUUAAAUAGUGUGUUGGAGACAUAUUUUGUGCAAUGUCCACUGCUGUUGUCACAGAUAACAAAUACUUCAGACGUACUUCAACGGAAACUGUGCUGAGCGUACAGGGCAAAGAAACGGAUUGUGCUGCCGACACAAGUGAUACGGAGACGUUGGCUGAUGAAGAUGUGGAGUACGAGCCUGUAUCAGAUCCUGAGAACAUUAAGCCAGCGUUCGAUGACACCUCCGAAGACAGUGAGGAAGAAAUCAUAGUGACGAACAGAAUAACGGUCACCAUGCGUGACGAUGGUGAGGUGGAGUUUGCGGACUCUGAGCAGACCACCUCGGACCAGUCGGACAGCGAGAUCGAUCUGCUGGGCUACGACAAGUGCGCGCGAUGCCACUCUUCCGAACACAACACCUUCUACAGAUACUGCGAUGACUGUUUCAAGGCCAAGAAAACGUGUUUCCCGCCGAGACCGAAGGCAAGGAAAAGAAAAAAGCUAAUCGACACGGAUUCACAGCGCUCCCAGUCGCAGGACUCUGGAGUCGAGUCGCAAAAUAGUCAGAAGUCACAGGUGGGCAGUAGUAAGCGUUCGGGGUCGUCCGUAGAAUCGGAGUCGGACUUUUCCAAGCCUCGCUCUCGCUCCCGUUGUAGCUCGGACUCCGACGGUUCCUCUAGGAAACGUAAAUGCACGAACGACCCUGAUCCUUCGGGCUCGGAUAGCUCAAACAGAAAACGUUCAUCCAACUCUCACGAACACUCGGAUGACGAGAGUUUAGCUAAAAAAUGUAAGCUCGAGGACGAUUACGAUAACUCCGACAGCUUGGCUAGGAAAUGUAGGUCCAACACCGAUAGGUUUGUUAACGAAGAUUCCCUUCAGUGUUUAAUUAAAUCGGUCAGCGAGCCGUCCAUGUCGGAACGAAGUAAAGACGAUGAUAGUAAGGACCUGUGCAUUAUAUGCUACGUCAGGCCGAAGUCAGGGGUUUUCGCUCAUGGCAGAGUGGCACAUAUCUGCUGCUGCUACAAAUGUGCCGUCAAGGUAUGGAGCACAUCGAAACGCUGCCCGGUAUGUAAUUGCAAAGUGAGCAAUGUCCUCAGGGCGGUUGUUAUGUAAUGUAAAACGACAUCCUGUACAAAACGUAUUUAUUUAGGUACAUGUAAAUAAAAAAAAAAUAAUAACAAUCGAAGGAAAGUUUAAACAAAAUAGAAAAAACUUAAAAUAAUAUAAAAAAGAACACAACUCAAACCAUAAAUAAUUAUUAAAACAACUUAAAAAAAAUAACACAAUUAAAACUUUUAAACGAACUCUGAAAUAAAACAUUUUAAUGCAAUAAAAAUAGGUAUCAAAAAUAUAAAAAAAUAUUACUUUAUUAAUAUAGGUUGAAAAUUCGAAUGUUUGUAAAUAAAUAAAAAAUGUAUAUACAUAAUUUGUAUGAUAAAUAUAGAAAUAAUGCUAAUGAAGAGAAGAUGGCCAGAAAGAGCUAAUGGCCUUAAUUGGUAUUUUAACUCGAAUAUAGAAUACCAAUUCUCAAUUGGUACACUUCAAAAGAGACCUCUAAACAAUGUCUCCUAAGGUUCUAAGUCGAGAUAUAGAAAUACAUUUUCGGAUGUUUCGACAGCUCAUUGGGAAACAUUGUGAAAAUUAAACAACCUUCGAAUUCCUAUAAUGAAGGUACACCCUGUAUCAAUUCCGAUUGGUCGUAUUUCUUAUAAUUAUUACCGACAAUAUACAGGGGCGGAUAGUGAAUUUGUGGGGUUUACAACUAAAAUAAUACACCGACCAGAAAUUCCCGUUCCUUUCAAUAGACUCGCACUUGAAUUGACUUGAGGGAAUGGGGGUUCUUUGUAUCCUCGGGGCCAUGGGCUACAGCCCAAAAAACCCUUAGGUUGAUCCGCCCCUGACAAUAUAUAUAUAAAAUUGAGAUAUUAUAU